AUGUCUACCACCACAGAGGAAACAGAAAAGUACAUAAACCAGGAGCAGCACAAAGCUAUUCAAGGGAUAAGGCUAUUUUUAAAAUCAAAAUCUUCUUAUGAUGUUUUGCCUGUGUCUUUCCGUUUGAUAGUGUUGGAUACUUCAUUGCUGGUGAAGAAAUCUCUCAAUAUCUUAUUACAAAAUUCUAUCGUAUCCGCUCCUCUCUGGAACAAUCAAACCUCUAGAUUUGCAGGAUUGUUGACUUCUGCAGAUUUCAUAAAUGUUAUUCAAUAUUAUUUACAAAACUUGGAUCAAAUACAGCUCAUUGACCAAUUGACCUUGAACGAAUUAAAGGAUAUAGAAAAGGCCAUUGGUCUUAAGCAGAUCGAAACCUCCUCGAUUCCACCUUUUACAUCUCUAUUUUUAGCUUGUGAAAAGAUGUUGUUGUCAAACGCUAGAAGAAUUCCUUUGAUUGAUGAAGAUAAAUUAACACAUAGAGAAAUUAUCGUCAAUGUCUUAACCCAAUAUAGAAUAUUGAAAUUCGUGUCGCUAAAUUGCAAAGAAAUAAGAAUGUUAAUGAAACCUUUGAAGGAUAUUAAGUUUGUGAGCGAUAAGAAUAAGACUACUUUGGUGAAAGCUAACUUGAAGACCCCUAUCUUGGAUGUCAUUCAUAUCUUGACACAAAAUAAUAUCUCUGCUGUUCCAAUUGUUGAUGAAAACGACAAAUUGAUUAAUGUUUAUGAAGCUGUUGAUGUGUUAGGCUUAAUCAAGGCGGGAAUUUAUAAUGAUUUAUCUCUUACUGUUGGCGAAGCCCUCAUGAGAAGAUCUGACGAUUUUGAAGGUGUUUACACCUGCACUCUAAAUGAUAGUUUGGCAACGAUAAUGAGCACUAUAAAGAAAUCCAAGUUACAUCGUUUGUUUAUAGUCAAUGAAGCAUCUGGAGUUGUAGGGGUUCUAACCUUAAGUGAUAUCUUGAGGUAUUUGUUGUUCAGCAAUGAUGAUGAAAUCUUAUCCUAA